CUCUGUCAUUUCUUCAACCCUCGCUACACUUUCCAUUUUGACUGCGUUUGCAGCCUGUUUAUCUAUGUCUCAGUGCCCCUACGAAACGGAUUUGGACGCUACAUCCCUCCCUUCGUCCACCUCCCCUGAACCUCCCUUCUGAGACGAGAGCCGUCACCAUGCAAACUGCGUGGGUUUGGGCUAUUGCAAGCGCUGUCAGGCCGCGUCAUGCCAUGUCCUUUGUCGGCUCGGCAACCAUCGCAUCGCAAAGCACGAUACAAUCCUCCUCGGUUGACUAUCAACAACUCAACCGCCCAUGGAAUGAUCUUCUCAGGCAAAAGGACUAUCAAACAGCAUUAACCAUGUUCCUUUGUUCUGGCAGGCAGUUUCCAAGCGCAAUUGUUCCACCGUGGCCGCGACAAACACGACGGGAGCGCGAUGACGACAAUUCCUCCUUCAAGGUCGAAAAGCCGCGUUGAAUGUGGGCUGCUUCCCUAAGGUUGGACAUUGCUUCUUGAAGCGGUGCAAAGCUCCAUCCGGAGAACUGGCGACUACCAC